AUGAGCCGCAUUUUCGUCGGACUCGAGACGUCCUUUGUCCAUGACUUGCCUGCGACGCUGGACCAGGUUCAAAAGGACAAGAUGAAUGGCAUCGCGGCGCCGCUCUUCCAUCCUCGCUAUAAGCGUGAUGACCACGAGCUCUCGGAUACUCGCGACGGUCCACAAACUCGCUCGGAUCUGGUCAUGGAUUCUCGUGGUUGGACGAUGUCGGUGGUGGGCAAUAUCUCCAAGUGGAUCGACAUGGACGCUGCUACGCUGGAAACACGAUUGAGUGCCGAGAAGGUCUUUAAGCAAGAAGUGGCCUGGGCCUCGCACCUGUCCGUGCCGGCUGUGAUGCUACCGACGCCGCGUCACGCCACCAAUUCUUCCAAUUACGCGCGGAUACUCAACCAGACGCUCACACAGGCGCAAUACGUCCAAUUCUGGGUGCGUAUCCCGCUAACAACGAGACAGCAGUCUAGUAUUAAGGCAUCGAUGGAAUAUGACCCUGUUGUGGGACAUCAUGCUACUAUCAUGAUGGAAACAGACGAUGAGGAGGACGAUGAUUCAUCGGACCCAUGGGAAGCAUGGGACUCUUUACGUGCUCGCUGUGAAUACCAUCCGAAGCUGCAUGUGGCGUUGGAAAUUACAGCAGACCUGCCUAGUGCCGAGGAGAUUCAGCGCUGGCUCGGUGAACCUGUCAAGGCAGCGAUCAUUGCAACGAAUGUCUUCCUGACGAACCGCAAGGGAUACCCGACGCUGUCUCAGCGACACCAAACGCUCAUGGCGCAGCUUUUCCAGCACAAGGUCCAGUUCUACUUGAGCGGACGACCCCGCCAUCGUGGAAAAAUUCUGCCGUAUGUGCAGUAUCUGCACUUUCUGUACAGCAAACGUCCGAGCCAGGAUCGGAAGGCACAAUUUGAGGCGCCUUACCUAGACUACCUUCAGGCGCCACUACAGCCUCUUAUGGACAAUUUGGAAUCACAGACGUACGAGACAUUUGAGCAGGAUGCCUUCAAGUACAAUCAGUAUGAGAAAGCAAUCACGAAGGCAUUAGAGCAUACCCCCGCAGACAAGGAGUCUUUUGUGAUGGUUGUUGGCGCUGGUCGCGGACCCCUCGUACGCUGCGCUCUUCGUGCAGCCAUUAGCGCAAACCGAAAGAUACGUAUGUUCGCCGUGGAAAAGAAUGCGAACGCAGUCAUCACUCUGCGCAACCUCAAGAUUUCAGAGAAAUGGGAUAACGUCUCGAUCGUCGCAUCCGACAUGCGUAGCUGGCGCACGAAUGAGCGUGCCGACAUCAUGGUGAGCGAGCUCCUUGGAUCCUUUGGCGACAACGAGCUGUCCCCAGAGUGCUUGGACGGCGCUCAAAAUUUCUUGCAGGAAAGUGGUAUCAGCAUCCCGCGUGUGUACACAUCUUUCGUAACGCCUGUGAUGUCUUCAAAACUUUGGAACGAGGUGAAGGUUCACGACUCACUCAAGAGCUUCGAGACGCCUUACGUCGUGCGGUUACACAACUUUUACGCGUUGGCGCCCACCCAGAGUUGUUUCCAGUUCACUCAUCCAAAAUUAAACUCACGGAUUGACAACAGGAGGCAAGCAGAGCUCCACUUUACCGCUGCUGAGAGUGCUGUUGUCCACGGUCUCGCAGGCUACUUUGAUGCUGUGCUUUACGAUGAUGUGACGCUAAGUAUCGAGCCAGAUACGCAUUCCGAUGGCAUGUUCAGCUGGUUCCCCAUUUACUUUCCCUUGCGCCAGCCACUGCGUGUCCAGAAGGGCGAGAAGGUCGUAGUGCAUUUUUGGAGACUGGAGUCUAACAACCGUGUCUGGUACGAAUGGUCAGUCUCUUCAGGUGACGGCAAGUACCACGUGCCUAUUCAUAAUCCUAACGGUCGAUCCUACUGGAUUGGGCUGUAG